AUGCGCUCUCUCAUUCUCGCUGUCCUCCCGGCACUGGCCAGCCUCAUCCAGGGCUCGAGGAUAGGUAGUGAGCUUGCCGCCCUUAUUGAGGUUCAGCCGCCCUUUACUGGUACAAUGCCUGGGCUCUUUGUCAAUUGGCCUCCUCUGGAGCAAUCCUAUGGCAAUGCCACCAUCACCAAGAGGCGCGUAGACAACGACACUGAUAUUGAUGUUCCCAAGCGUAGGGACCGCAUUCUGCGGAUCCAUGGCAAGCAGCCUGCAUACAGCUUCAACGUCACCCAUCCCAAACUCUAUCACCAUGGCGAGGAUCUCAAGCUUGACCCUCCGUACCUCAAUCUCACUGAGCGCCGCCACUUUGCCAAGCGCAACACCGACUGCGUCUCUCUAGAGUUUACUGCUGCGACCAAUGUAACGAUAGCGAACGAGACCGGCGCUGCCCCUGGUUCCUUCGAUGAGUACGGGCCGUGGUGGGAGACCUCGUUCCUCGCCCUGGAUAGCGCUGUCGAGUCGAACACUUACCUGGACAUGUUUGUGCUCGAUGAGUACGAGCCUGAGUUUUGCAUAGCAAUCUGCAACGAGGAUGAGAGAUGCAUGGGUAUCAACAUCUUCGUGGAGAGAUCGCCUGUCGUCGUUCCCGGUCCGAACUGUCCCAACCCUCCUGGGAUGGCCGUCGUCAAGUGCGUUCUCUUCGGCUCAGCCGUGACCACGGAAAGUGCCACCAACAAGGGCCGGUUCCUUGGGCCGAAGGAUGCUGACGGCAAGGCUUUCCACGCCCUUAUCGAGUCCUCCAACGACUACAGCCGGCGUGCUCCCUAUAUCCGUCACUUCAUACGCCCAUAUCCUUUCAAUGGCCUCCCGAACGAAGAGAUCGAAGACAAAGAGCUUAUCGACAUCAAAUUCUACAACCAGGUCUACAACCCCACACUCUGCGCCGAGGUCUGCACCAACAUCACGGCCGUCAACAAGGCCAAGGCGCGGAUGGACGCCGAGGUCGGCAAUGUUACAUCUCCAAUUCGAUACACUUCGUGCAAUUCUUUCAGCGCCUUCGUCAUCGAGAAUCAUGGCGUGCCGGCUGGCAUGGGCUGUCUCUUUCGCUCUGGUGGCGGCGCACCGCUUGAGGGAAACACAACGGCCACGGAUGUAGGCGAUUAUGAGCUUACGUUCAAGAAUGUCUGGGCCUAUGACCUUAGGCGGCAAGGUUGGGGUCGGAUCUGA